AUGGAGGCAAUUUAUAAUAUGUCGUUCUUUUGUAUACAAACAACUCUAGUAUUACUGGUGAGUACAAUUAUAUUCUGGUGGGGAUGUUGCAAUCGAUCACUUAACCAUCUUAAAAAAACACAUCAGCGUUCAUCGGAUGAAACCGGAAUUAAUACAGCACCGGUUGAUAAUGCAAUACGGACAACAAAAACAGCACCUGAAGAUGCUCAAUCGCCAGCUUUAUCAAAAUCACAAUCAUUUCCUCGUACAUCGUCCGACAAAUCAGUAGAUGCAACACAGGCAGAAACUAUGAAAUUUAUUCGUCAAUCACUAUCAAAAUCAAAAUCGUUAAAAAUGAAGAAAAAUUUGGACUCAUCACAACCAGAACAUAAAGGAGAACAAGAUUCAUUUGCUACACAUAUUCCAAAGAAACGAGUUGCCAGAAGAAGCACAGAGAUUAAAGCAAGACCACCGGUACGUUGUGAUCGUGACGAUUACAAAACAAUUCCGGCACAUAUGUUGCCCUCAUCAACUGAUGAUCUUUGA